AAAAGCAACCAAACAUUAUUGGAAAUUUGUGCCCUUCAUUUUUGCCACUGAGGACAUCAACCAUAGUGACCAUCUCUUACCCAACGUCACCCUGGGUUAUAAUAUCUAUGAAAAUUUCUUCAGGAUAGAAAUUACUUCAGAUGCUUUGCUGGAUCUCCUUUCACACGGGGAGGCCAAUGUGCCCAAUUACAGGUGUGGAAGGCAGAGAAACACAGUAGCUGUCUUGGAAGAAGCUGAGACUGGCAUCUCUGUCCAGAUUUCCACCAUGUUGAGCACCUACAAAAUCCCACAGCUUCACCCCUUCCUUCAAAGCCCCCAAUUUCACAAUAAUUCCAUUGAUGGUGUAUAUUUGGAUGAGAAAGGAGAUCUGACAGCUGACCUGGACAUUGUGAACUGGGUAAUUUUUCCCAAUAGAUCCAUCAAGAGAGUGAAAUCUGGGAGUCUAAAAAAACAGGCAUCCCAGGAUUUGAAAAUUUUCAUUGACCAGAAGAGUUUCACACAAGUGGAAAAGCUGAACAAGCCUCUUCCUCCUUCCAGGUGUGUGGAAAACUGCCAUCCUGGAUUCAUGAAGGUGGCUCAGGAAGGGAAGCCCAUCUGCUGCUAUGACUGUCUCCCUUGUGCAGAAGGAACCAUCUCCACCACGGAAGAUGCUGUAAAAUGCACCAAAUGUCCAGCAGAUCAGCAUCCAAACAUCAAUCGAGAUAACUGUAUACCUAGGAUUGAAACUUUCCUAUCCUAUCAAGAACAUUUGGGGAUUGUCCUAGCUUCCUUUGCCUUGUUCUGCUUUUUGGUAACAGGCUUAAUCUUUGGAAUCUUCAUUAAAUUCCGAGAAACUCCCAUAGUCAAAGCCAACAAUCAGGAUCUCUCCUACAUCCUCCUCAUCUCUCUCCUGCUUUCCUUCUUGACCUCCUUCCUAUUCAUUGGCCGACCAAGGAGAGCCACUUGCCUUCUUCGACAAGCAGCCUUCAGCAACAUCUUCUCAGUUGCCAUUUCUACUAUCUUGGCAAAAACAAUCAUGGUGGUGUUAGCAUUCUUGGCCACAAAACCAGGAAAUAAAGUACAGAGAUGGCUGGGGAAAAGCCUCACCAAUUCUAUGAUCCUUUCAUUUUCUGUUGUUCAACUUGUCCUCUGCAGCAUCUGGCUGGGCACUUCUCCCCCAUUCCCUGAGUUGGACAUGGACUCGCUAUCUGCAGAUAUGAUUGUGCAAUGUAAUGAAGGCUCUAUUGCCAUGUUUUACCUUACCCUUGCCUACAUGGGCUUCUUAUCUGUCAUUUGUUUCACAGUGGCUUUCCUGGCCAGGAAUCUACCUGGGGCCUUCAAUGAAGCCAAGCUCAUCACCUUCAGCAUGCUGGUCUUUUGUAGCGUCUGGAUAUCCUUCGUACCCACCUACCUGAGCACUAAGGGGAAGUAUAUGGUGGCUGUGCAGGUCUUCUCCAUCUUGUCUUCCAGCGCUGGUCUUGUUGGUUGCAUCUUCAUCCCCAAGUGCUAUAUUAUUUUUUUAAGACCAGAUCUGAAUAUAAAAGAACGUUUGUUGUCAAAAUAA